AUGGAAAAUUCAAGUCCCUUGCCUUCUGGGGUUUUGCUUUUUCUUCUUCUUAAUGUGACUGUUUCGGUGGCAGCACCAACAGCAGAAUCGGUGUAUACCUCUUUCCUGCCGUGCCUCACAAACUACGCAAAAUCUCCGGACCAAGUUUCUAAGAUAGUUUUUGCUCAAACCAACUCUUCCUUUUCUUCUGUUCUCCAAGCCUACAUUCGCAAUGCCCGAUUCAACGCCACUUCAACCCCAAAACCCUUGCUUGUUGUCACUCCCUUGGAAGAAUCCCAUGUCCAAGGUGCUGUAAUCUGCGCUAGAAACAUUGGAAUUCAACUCAAGAUCAGGAGUGGUGGCCAUGACUAUGAGGGUAUCUCGUAUGUCUCCGACCAACCCUUCAUUAUCCUCGACAUGUUCCAGUUCAGGAACAUCACUGUGGAUGUGCAAAACGAGGUUGCCGUGGUUCAAGCUGGUGCCACACUUGGGGAGGUUUAUUAUAGGAUUUGGGAGAAGAGUAAAGUUCAUGGCUUUCCUGCUGGGGUAUGUCCCACUGUUGGUGUUGGUGGCCACUUGAGUGGAGGAGGGUAUGGUAACAUGUUGAGAAAAUAUGGGUUGUCUGUUGAUCAUGUUGUUGAUGCUAAAAUUAUUGAUGUCAAGGGUAGGAUUCUUGACAAGGAGGGUAUGGGGGAAGAUCUUUUCUGGGCUAUUAGAGGAGGGGGAGGAGCAAGUUUUGGAGUCAUCUUAUCAUUCACUGUUAAACUUGUUCCAGUGCCUGAAGUUGUUACUGUUUAUAGGGUGGCAAAGAGUUUGGAUCAGAAUGAGAGUGCCACUGCGCUUGUCUUGCAAUGGCAGCAGGUGGCGCCGCAUACGGAUGAUAGGCUUUUCAUGAGGCUGUUGUUGCAGCCUGUAAGUUCUAAAGUUGUGAAGGGCCAGAAAACAAUUAGAGCCACUGUCAUUGCUUUGUUUCUUGGAGGGGCUGAUGAAGUUGUUACAUUGAUGGGAAAGGAGUUUCCUGCUCUUGGCUUAAGCAAGGAGGAUUGCACUGAAAUGAGUUGGAUUGAUUCUGUGGUUUGGUGGGCUAAUUUUGACAAUACCACAAAGCCUGAGGCACUGCUUGACAGGGAUGUAAACACAGCAAGUUUCCUCAAGAGGAAAUCUGAUUAUGUGCAGAAACCAAUUUCCAAAGAGGGGUUAGAAGGGAUAUGGGAGAAGAUGGUUGAAUUAGGGAAAACUGGGUUUGUUUUCAAUCCUUAUGGAGGGAAAAUGAGUGAGGUUUCAUCUGAUGCGACGCCAUUUCCGCACCGUGCAGGGAAUCUUUUCAAGAUUCAAUACUCAGUGAAUUGGGAUGAACCAGGAGUUGAAUUGGAAAAUAAUUUUACUAAACAGGCUAGAAUGUUGUAUAGUUACAUGACCCCUUUUGUGUCCAGUAAUCCAAGAAGUGCCUUCUUAAAUUAUAGGGACCUUGAUAUUGGUACCAACAGUUUUGGAAAGAAUAGCUAUGAUGAAGGAGCUGUUUAUGGAGUCAAGUACUUCAAUGACAACUUUGACAGGUUGGUCAAGAUCAAGACUGCGGUUGAUCCAGAAAACUUCUUUAGGAACGAACAGAGUAUUCCAACUCAUACUGGAUUGGACACUGGUGCAAGUAAAUCUGGUGCUGGCAAAUUGUCACACUUUAGCCGUUAUUGGAAACUGAUGCUAGACGUGGGAGGGUUCUUCAUUCUUGAAUUAAUCAUAUGA